AUGUACUCCAAGCUCGUCCAGCGCUGCUUCGAUGACUGCGUCAACGACUUCACCACCAAGUCCCUGAUCAACCGCGAAGAGGGCUGUGUCCUGCGUUGUGUCGACAAGUUCAUGAAGGGAUCGGCUCGCCUGAACGAGCGGUUCCAGGAACAGAACCAGGCCAUGAUGAUGCAGGGACAACAGCGGUAA